AUGGUUCCUCAAGGUCAACAUAGAGAUAGAUUUAAUGCACAAUCUCAAGUAGAAAUGGCUGUAGUUGGAGAAGAAUAUGGAAAUCGCGAUAUAAUUUUAUCUAGAAAAGACGAAAAGUUACAACGCAUAAGUGAAACUCAUAGGUCUUAUGAUUCUCUAGAAUAUCCACUGAUAUUUCUACACGGUGAAGAUAUUGAUAUUUUGUGA